AUGGACCAUCCAAAAUGUGUGAUUGAAGAUUUUGUUCCUUCAGGUGUUAAGAAUUUUCAGAAGAAAUUAAAAGCAAAAAAAUCAUUACAAAUUCUGGUUACUCAUUUGACUGUCCAACCACCAGAUCCUCUAAUUUCUCAAGAUGCUAAACAACAACAAUUAUACAUGCUUAAAAAAUAUCAGAAAUUCUUGUAUACAUUAUUGAAGAAUUAUUUUUUACAAGACUUUUUUGAUGUAAUUAUAGAUAAUAAAGAUGCAGAUCAAAAUGAUAGAUUUUAUGAAUGGAAAGAAUUUAUAUCAUUAAUAUGUUCAAUUCCUGAUAGAUGUGCAAAUGCUAAUUUAUUAAUUCAAAAUUUACAACAUAAUAAAGAAUUAGAUGAUUAUGAUGAUUUUUUUAAUAAUUUUUGGGGAUCUCUGCAAGAAAAUCAUGAUUCAAUUAUCUUGAAUAAUGCAAAAAAAAUUAACUUGAAAUUGGGUCCAGAUGAUGAUCUCACACAAGUCUUGAAAUCACUUACUACAACUUGGUCAGACACUACAUUUGUCAAGCAUGCAUCAAAUUCAUUACAACUUUAUGUCACUAGUGCUAUUCUUAUUAUAUUUGGAUAUCUUCCAAAAGAGAUAUUAUUAAAGAUAAACAUUUAUAAAGACAUAGGUGUUGGCACAACACAAUGGAUGAAAAGUUCUUUUGAUAGAACACGUAAAAUUGCAAUGGUUACUGUUGAGAUGCUUUCAUGGUUACUUGAUGAAAAUGAUGACGUGUUGGAUUUCAAGUUAGAUCCUCAAGAUGAAGAAGUUAAAACAUUAAGACAAUUGCAAGAUUUAUCAUAUAUCAUAUUUAAUACAGAGAACAGGUCAUUUAAAAGGAAUAAAGACAUUAAUGAUGAAAAUAAUUCACAAUCCAUUUCUGUCAUUUCUAAUUCUUUUGAAGAAGAUUUUGAUCAAUCAUCAAAUGUUAUUGAUGAGGAUGAAACUAAACUGGUUGGAGAUUCUGAUGAUGAAGAUGACUUUGAACCAUAUCCAAUGGAUGAAAGCGAUUUUGAAGAAAAUGAAGAAGAUUAUGAUACUUUAGCAACAAAGCCAAAAAAUACUUUGCCUCCUGUAUAUAUUAUAGACUUGAUUAAAAUGUUAAAAGCAGCUGAAGAUCCUGAAAAGAUUGAAAUUGCUAUGAAUACAGCUGAAAAAUUGAUUAGACUAAAAACCAAUUUUGGAACGGAAUUAGAUGAAAAUGCUAAUGAGUUGGCCAGAGUUCUUAUUUCAAUAAAUAAUACAUUUGAAUUGAAAGAAUUUGAAGAAAAAAGACAUGCGGCAUUAACUGCACUCGUAGUUGGAAGUCCAAAAAAUACUGUAUUGUAUAUUAUUAAAGAAUUUUUUGAAAAAAGAUAUUCUCUCUCUGAAAAAAUUACAAUGUUAUCAGUAUUGGCAUCGGGAGCUAAAGAAUUAGCAGGAAUAGAACAACCAGAAGAAAUUGAGGUCAGGAGAGAAAGUUCAAUUAUUGAUUUAUUAUCAAAACAAACUAGCGGUUUAAGUGUUAACGCAAUUGAAACGUCAAAAGAACCAUCACCAUCCAGUAAUAACAAAGUAAAUCGAUUUUCAAGAAAACCAAUGGUCCAAUCCAUUCAUUCAAGUUCAAUAAAAGUCAACAGGUUUAAUGAAUUUGCCGCAAAACCAUUUUUCUUUCCAUUAUCAGCUGGAUUUUGGAAUUGGAUUCGUAAUCGUGAUACUAUCAAUAAAGGUAUGUAUGAGCCUAUUUUACUAAGUAAAUAUAUAACAACUUUGGCUACUAUUGUUCAAUGUUCAACAAACACAGUUGAAAAUUUAGAAAUUUCAAAAGAAUUUUGGGAUAUGAUACUGUCUUUAAGAUAUUUUGAUGAUGUAGCUGUUGUAUCAUCAUUACUUUUCGGCAUAAGUGUAAUACUAAAGGCGCUUCCAGAACAAGAAUUAGCAACGCUUUUUAGUAAAGAUUUGAUUGAAACAAACCAAUGGGUUACAAAUUUAUUUGAAAAUAAUCCAAAUGAGUAUGUAAAAUCCAUUUCUGCAUGGAUCAUGGUUAAAAUAGAUCAAAUUAUUUCAAAAUAUAGAAGACUUCUGAUUGAAGAAAUAAAAAAUCCUGAAAUUAUGAACGCAGAAACAAAUCUAGCAAAUAUAAUUCCCACUAAUCAUAAUAAUAAUACAUCAGUUGUUGAUGUUAUUGAUUCAAUAGAAAAUCACCUACCAACUCAAGAAUCUAAAUCCUCUUCAAAAGAAUCAUCCAUACUGGUAUUGAUACUGGGUUGUGGAGUUGGGUAUAUGAUUAGAAUUUACACUUUAAAAAUUGAUGUAAAAGCCUUAGAACAGAAAAACAAUCCGUUUAUAGAUAAUAAAAAUAUUAAUAAAGUAUCAUCAAUGGAAUUAGAAUCAAAAUCAGAAUCAAAAUCAACGAUAACAAUACUUUCAAUUUCACCAAAAAUUGAUAAAGUGCUAAAUAAAACUUUUGAUUACAUUAUGCGUGACAUAAUAGAUGUUUAUUGUGAGCCAAUCGAUGAAAAUAAUGAAAAAGAGUUGUCAAAAAACAUAAGGAAUUCAAUGAAUUCUAUGGCAAUAAAUUUAUCUUUAUGCCUUAAAAAUUUAGAUAAAAUUGAAUUAGGUGUAAUGUCAAGUUAUACAAUCGCAAACUCUUUUAUUGUUCAUUUACGUGAAUAUAGAAAAUUUAUUGCUGCAAAUGAAUCUUUAGAUGUUUACUGUGAUAAAAACCAAUCAUCUCCAUUGGCUUUCACAACAAGUAAACAAAUUCAAACUCAAAAUUUACGUUCGUUAUCACGUCUAAUAUUAUCACGUUUCCUACCAUCAUCCGAGUCUCAAAGUCAAAUAUUAAUGGCUUUCCUUACUGAGUUAUGGACAAAUAAUAUUUUUUCACCACUACUUGAUACAAUCAGCGAUCCAGAUUGGUUAAAUUGUACCAUAGUUGACUAUCUUUCAGAUGAGGGUUCUAAUGAAGAUGAAGGUACUUUUUUCCAACAGUUAGCUUCCUCUUUAGAAGAGGAAGUGGCUGGUCUUGCUGAAAAAUUAUUGCAAGAUCCCAUUACUACCACCGCCGCUUCUGCUGUUGACACCAGCCCAUCAUCUAAUAACGAACAAGGACAAUCUAUUUAUUCACACACGAAUGAUUUAUCAUCGUUACCAUCAUCUUCACGAAAUUCAAUUGAUAUGACAUCAGCAAGAUUCAAAAAUUUACAAUCAGUCCUUAAUCGUAAAUCAGAGAUUUUUGCUGAAUUUAUGGCAUUUCUUGAGGAAAGAGAAGCCGCAAAUUUACUUAGGUUUUGGCUUCAGGUAGACUCAUUUAAAAAAAUUGCAUCCAAUGAAAUAGAUACUAGCCUGAUCCAAGAAGACGCUAUUGGCAUAUUUAAAACAUAUUUUGGCGAGGCUGCCACUUACCCAGUUAAAGUGACAAAUGAUAAGUUAAUUAAGCAAUGUAUUAAUGAGAUAACUAAAGCUCCAGGCUUCAAUUGUUUUAUUUCUUUACAAGAAUACGUUUUUAAUGUUUUGGAAGAAAAGUACUUUGAUGAUUUUAUUGAAGAUAUGAAAGGUCAAGAAGAAAAUUUGUUUAAAAUGAAUGAAAAUGGUGAAAAUGGAUUUUCAGGAAAACCCAUUGAAACUGAAAAAGAAUCGCAAGAAAUAAUAUUUAAUAAUCCAUAUCAUGAAAAAAAUUCAAGUUCAUCGUCAGCAAAAGACAACCACAAUGGUUUAACUGAAAACGACAAUUCAUCUUCCAAACGAUACAGCACAAUCAAUGAUUCUUUAUCAAUUUUGAAAAGCACUAACGAAGAAACUUUAGAAUCAUAUUCAGUAGAAGAUCCAUUAAUUGAAAAUUCAGAUGAAAAGUAUACGGAAAAAUUAUAUGAUAGUGAUCCAGAAACAAAUUCUGUUCACUUUAGAUCGGCAAAUACGAGGAUGGAUCUUACUGGUGUCAGUAUAAAAAUGUGCGAGGUCUCUGAAUCAAGAUUCAAUAACAUUAUUUAUUCUAAAAAAAACCUUGCAUACAUGAUAGAAGUGGAACAACCUGGUUCUACCGGAUGGAUAAUGACACGUAGUUUUGCAGAUUUUGAAGCUAUGCAUAUUGCAUUGGUAAACCAAUUCCCAAAAGCCGAGAAAGUCACCAUGCCUCGUUUAAUGUUAAAGAAAAAUUAUGAUGCAUGUCAAGAUUUGCAAAGAUAUUUAAAUAUUUUGUUGAGUGAUAGCACUUUGGCCAAGAGUGAUCCACUCCAGAAAUUUAUGAAAAGGGAUGGUCUUCCCAAUGAAGGAUUGUCUUUACCAAAAUCCAAGAGAGCCAGAGGUCUUUCAAUUUUAUCAAUUCCAAAAUCAAUGUCCAUGGUAAAUCUCGUUGCAGGAGUUAAUAAUAUUGCCAAUAAUCUACAAAUAACGGAUGGCGGCGGUAAUAGAAGAAACUCUUUGGAAAAGAAAAAAUUUGGUUUUGAUUUUUCAUUACAAAAAAGUUUUUCGGAAAUUACAUCCAGGAAACCAAUAGAACCGUCGUUAUCACAAUUAUCACAACCACCGCUACUAUCAGAUCCACCUAAAAAAACGAUAGAAAAUUUUGAAAGACUAUUGCCAUCUUUGCCUAUUGAAAAUGGAUUGACAGAACGAUCGGAUGAAAUAUUUAAAUUUAAGAAAAUAGCACAUUCGGCAAAACCUAGUGUUGAUAGUAAUGCGUCAUCGUGGGUUUCUGUGACACCUACCAGCUCAAUGAACGACUCAUUUUCAGGCCAAAUCAAUUCAAAUGAUUCAAAUGAUUCAAAUAGAAUAACAACAAGAAGUAACGAUAGUUCACAUAUUUCAUCAUACGAAGACGAUAAUCAUUCUAAAAAUAACUCAGCAUCCAAAUCUAAAACCAAUAGACCAAACAAAGUUUUGACAGGACAAGAAAUUGAUAUACUGAUCGACACAGUGUUUGCGAUAGUCGAAGAAAUAUUUGAUUUAUCAAUGAAAUCACAAUGGCAUCUUCGUAAAACAGUACUUUCGGUUUUGCGAGAAGUGGUCAGAAGAUCUUAUACUGAUGCCAUCAGACAAUCAUUUCUAAUAAAUAUUCAUAAAUUGACAACUGAAGAGAAUGUAGCAUCAAUGAUUGACGAUUUCAAAAAUUCAUUUUGGCCAAAUGGUGUAUGGGAAGAAUCAGGGCCUACACGUACAGAAGAAGAAAAAAUACAAACUAAAGAGACCGCAAAAAGACUACUCCUUCAAAAGGCUAUGCCAGAAUCAUUAUUAAGAGUUAUGGGAUAUGAGAAUUCUAGAAUCAUGGUUAAUAGAUUAGUUGACGGUUUUUUGGACGAGAAAGAGAUUAUAAGAGGAAUGUUUGUUGGCAUUUUAGAAAAUAUUGUAAAAUUAAUCAUUACAGAAUAA